ACUCAAGCCCCACACCUUUCACCCAUCCUAAGCUCUCACAGUGGAAGGUAAAGUCAAAGGGAACAGGGCAUGAGAUCACUUCCGAAUGGAACGCACCCUGAGAAUACAUUUCAACCUUUCUAUUAAACUGUAGUUUCAUUGUAGUUGACCCUUGUCUGAUGAAUUAUGAUUAAAAUAUGGUAAUAUUGGAAAUUUAGCAAAGGUCUGGAGCAUAGAAUUGAUAAAGGUAUUCUAUUUAAACAGGUUUUGAACUAGGUGUAAAUUGUGUAAUUGGAUCUUUGAUGCAAAACCUUGAGAUACAGCCCUUGUGACAUCUUCUGUAGUAACAGCUAGCCCCGGUUUCUUCUGGAAAGAAGUGUGUCCUACAGCAGAGGGGUAGGAGUGCUCAUGUUUCCUCUCUCUUAUCCCGUGAGAAACCACACAUGUGCAGAGCCACAUCCUCAUUUUUGAGUCUUUCUGAAAGUGACAUUUUAAAGGGCUAUCUUAUGUAUUUUCUCAUGUGACCUGCAGAGGCAUCAUUGUGGAAUGAACCUUCAUCAGGUAGAAGACACAUAGUCUACACAAAGUAAACCAUGAUUGCUAUUGCAGUCCAUGCAGGCCUACUGUUCGUACUGGUUUGGACCUUCAGUGCUGUCUGUGAAGACAACGAUGAUAAUCUCAGUACAAUAACCUGUGAACACAUAACUGGAACGGUGGGAGAAAAUGUAACUCUUAUCUGUAGAGUCUCCACUCAGAGCAAUGAUUUAUGCAUUCAAUUUUGCAUGUUUAGUGACGCAAUCAAUGGCGGUACAGAACUCUGUAGAAAACAUUAUUCCUGUGACCAGAGGAACUUCACAUGUACCUACACUCCGAAAGCAAAACGUACAACAAAAUUCAAAUUCUUUUUGCAAACAAACACUGAAUGGAAAACUUCAAACUUCACUGUGAACAUAACAGAGUUCGUAAAAGACAGCGCUACAAAUACCACUUCUGCUUCUUCCCAAAAAGGAGUUGAUACUGAAGUUAGUACCAAGGAAAAUCAACAUCAGACAUCUGAUAAUACUGCAGGCAUCACCUGUUUUACGCUCCUCCUCCUCCUCCUCCUCCUCAUCAUCGUCUUCUUAGCAAACAAAUAUAAAAAGAAGAGACACAACUGCACCAACCCUUUUGGAUCGCAUAUGGACUAUGAAAUGGGCGAUACAAAGGCGGAUAAUGAUGAUAACAGUACAUGAUUGGAAAGAACAGUUUAAUAGCAUCUCAAUGUGAAAGGAGUGAAUUCUGUUCUCCUGAAAGACCAUGAUGCUUUCAGACUAAUAAAACUCCAUGUGAAUAAACGUAUGCUACUAUCUGUUGACUUUGUGCGUUUUAAAAAGUACAAGCACUGUUUUCUGUUUUACUCUGGUUUCUGUAAAAUAACCCUAUUUUAAUGAAGUAAAUAAAGACUUA